UCCGUCCAAGCGUUCGUUAUCCCGCUCUUGCAGCGGGCGACCCCACGGUCCCGCACGCGAAAUCCGCCGGACAGCGCGGGCGCAGCGCAGGCGAAAGCAACCCUGUUCAGCGCGGCGGGGCGCCGGCUCACGGCUCACGAGGCUCCAAUGCCCCCGCCUCCCCUGCUCCCGCGCCUUUCCCCAACGCCGCCGCCGGCGCUUCGCGCCAGGAACAGGGGCACCGGCGCCCUGCCUUCCCCGGGAGGACGAGGAAGGCAGGCACUUCUCGCCGUCGCCCGGGCCAGGGGCAAGGACGAGGCCAGCUUCACCGACCGCAUCCUCGACUACAUCGAGGGGGGACCAAAGUUAAGGAGAUGGUAUGGAGCACCCGAUUUGCUUCCCAAGGAUGGGGGUGCCGAGGAUGAGGAGGCUGAGUCUCCAGAUAUUGAGGAGCCUCGGGAUGCUGUGCUAGUCACAGAUGGCGACAGUGAGAUUGGACAGAUGGUGAUACUGGCACUAAUCCUGAAAAGGGCUAGAGUAAAAGCACUUGUUAAGGACAAACGAUCCACUGAAGAAGCUUUUGGAACUUAUGUGGAGUGCAUGGUUGGUGACAUGGAAGAUAAGUCCUUCACAAAGAAAGCACUAAGGGGCGUUCGUGCUGUAAUUUCUCCAGCCGAUGAUGGUUUCUUCUCUGAACCGAUAGACCUCAAGGGUGUCGAACAUAUCAUUCUGCUCUCACAGCUGGCUGUCUACAGAAACAGUGGUGGUUUGCAAGCUAUUAUGAACAGCAAACUGAAGAAGCUAGCAGAGAGGGAUGAAGAAGUGGUUAUGGCAUCUGGCAUCCCAUCUACAAUAAUCAGGACUGGUUCUCUCCAAAGCACCCCUGGUGGUGAGAGAGGUUUUGAUUUCACUGAGGGCGGAGCAGCCAAGGGAAGAAUAAGCAAAGAGGAUGCUGCUACCAUAUGUGUGGAAGCUCUUGAAGGCAUACCCCGAAAGACACUCAUUUUUGAGGUUGCAAAUGGUGAUGAGAAGGUGGCAGACUGGAAAGCAUGGUUUGCAGAGCAAAUAAAAAAAGAUGAAGAGAUUCAGUAAAAACAUCAAAUUAGAAGUGUUUUUCAUCUGUUGAACUGUAAGAAAGGAAAAUAGAAAAGAACCCAAAAAAGGGAUUUGAAAAGUCAGAAGGGAAAGAGCUAAAUCUGGCAAUUUUAAUCAUAUAUCUGAAGAAACAAAAGUGCGUGAGACGUGGAGGCACAUCUACCUUGGGGCUUGCAAGGCUGCAAGGAGGCUAUGCACUUCUGCAGUGUAGGUGGUCUGAAGCUUUGAUCCCAUGCUGGAAAUCAAUACAUUAUCUUGUACUAUAAAACCGCAUUUUAAAUUGCGCUACAAUUUUAAAGCCAUUGUUUCUAAUAUUCAUCCACGAGUAUUUAAUAAAUAUCUAGCGUUUCUGCUAUUA